AAUUCAUUGGUUGAACGAUUGAGAAGCGUAAGAAAAUUCUUGUCAACGAUAGGCUUUGCUUUGAGGUCGCUUCAUGAGACAAGAGUAAUAAAAAGGCACUACUUUGCUCGGCGUUAGCUUCUUUAUUUUGAAUGAAGGUUAAAAAUGUUGUCUCUUGGUUUCAUGAGGGUUGUUUGUUCUUCUGUUGUGGGCAAGAUGGAAGGCAGAGUGCAUCCCAAGGUGCCCGCCUGUCUCCGACUCUACAGUAGCAGUGAGGAGGAGAGGAUCAGUCGCUACCCUGUGCCUUACAAGAAAAACCUCCCCUAUGACAUAGUGGAGCUAAUGGAGGAGGUGGAGACAAAGGGUGGCUUCUUGCCUAACGUGUUCAAGGUACUUGCUCAUCGCCCUGCAGAGUUCCGAGCCUUCUUCGCUUAUUAUAAUGUGCUCAUGAACAAGGAGACAGGUAAUUUGUCAAAGGCAGAUCGGGAGUUGAUUGUUGUGGCAACCAGUGCCCAGAACCACUGCCUAUACUGUGUGGUAUCCCACAGUGCACUGCACCGUAUCUACUCAAAGAAACCCACGCUCGCUGAUCAGGUGGCGGUAAACUACCGGGUGGCUGAGCUGUCGCCGCGAGAGCGCGCCAUGCUGGACUUUGCCCAGACCAUGUGCCGCAGUGACACUGUGACAGAUGAGCACGUGCGCUCGCUGGAGACUCACGGCUUCAACCGCGAGGACGUGUGGGACAUCGCCGCCAUCACUGCCUUCUUUGCCAUGUCCAAUCGCUUGGCCCACCUCACGGACAUGAGACCAAACACGGAGUUCUACAGCAUGGGCAGAGUGCCACGUGACAAGCAGCCGACACCAACCGAGCAAGAGGGUGGGCCAUAGAGGGCAGGCGCCACAGAUUGGACCCUCCAGUCCAACACCCCCUGCCCCCCAUCCCUUGUCAAAAAUGUCUUUAGUACAACCGAGGCCACUAUGCAGUUUAAGUGAAGUCGCGGCCAUUUGAAUUGUUCUGUGAUGAGUGUCCCUAAUGGAUGAGAAUCUCGUGUUUUAGACACCUUUAUCCUCAGCGACCCUUAUGCACAUCUGAAACCUAAUCCAGCCAUCUCCGUCUGUGUGCUGUGACAUACUUAGCUCAGUUAAAGGAAGGCUUGAUAAUUAGCUGAGAAUCAUCAGUUGUGUUGGAGAAAGGAAAAUGCAUAGUGUAACUAAUUUCGAAUGAGCCAAAGGACGCUUCAAAACUCCUUCCCUUCCACAAGCUCCUUGAGGGAGGAUGCACAGGUGCUGUAGUAAUACUUGGAUGCUUAUGUGAUACUCCUACAAUAGGGACAAAUUUAAGAUACCUAAUGGCUAUUCCUUUUUCAUUAUUCUUGAAAUUUGGGUGGUGUGGUAGUGUAUGUAUGAUGCCAGCAGAGGGAGACAUAAUCAAAUAUUCGCUAUAUAAGUAAAUGAAACAAUAAUGUAUAGCAACAUAUCACUUUAAUGUACUACCAUUGUAGUGACUAAAGAUUUAUAUAAGAAUUAUUUUAGUCCAAAUUUAUUAAAUUGAGUAUAUGUGGUUUCAUUUUUAA